GAUGAUUUGGCGACUCGGAUUCUCAGAUUUCAGGGAAUUCUUCCAGAUACUUUGGGGUUUUAUGGUUUGCACACCGGGGUUCACACGCAGUCUCAGGGUAGCCAAAGUUGUACUGUCGGUAGAGUUGUGUUUUUAUUCACGUACAUUUGCGUCGCUAGCUGCUCGUCUCUUAACGAUGCGUGUUUACAUAGCGUAUCUCAUUCAUUGAUUUUUGGCUAGCGCGAGCUGUGUAGCGGCGGUCCUCGCUCACCUGACCGGGUUGUACUGUCUGACCUGGAGCUGAGGCACAGCUCAGCGACCGACGGCUUCAUCUCCACUGAGGACCCACAGCCCGUGUAACGACCGAUCGUUUGGCCGCUUUAACGCCCGCUAGUCGGUCGAAGCGAGUUAGCGACGUCAACUUUCACCCACUACCAUGGAUUACAAAGAUAAGGCGAAGACGGCGGCUGACUGCUUGAUGAGCUACAAGAAGGACGAGUCCGGGUGGAAAGUCUGUAAGAAGUCUAAUGACGUGGUGGUGUCUUGGCGCCCCUCAUCAGAGUUCCCUGGGAAUGUUUAUAAGGGGGAGGGGAUUGUCAGCGGCAGCCUGGAGAAGGUGUGGGAGUGCCUGAAGCCAGUGCCCAAUGGGCGCCGAGUUAAAUGGGACAACAACGUCAAAAAGUUUGAGCUUCUGGAACAAAUCUCAGAGGGCACCUCCAUCUGCCGAACAGUCACGCCCUCAGCAGCUAUGGGUAUCAUAGCUCCACGAGACUUUGUAGAUGUUAUUUUAGUUGAGCAAUUCGAAGAUGGCACCAUUUCAUCAAAUGCCACCAAUGUGACUCACCCAAGCUGUGCUCCCCAGUCUGGCUUUGUGAGAGGAUUCAACCAUCCUUGUGGUUGCAUCUGUAUCCCAAUCUCAGGAGAGCCCAACAAAACCCAAGUGUUCAGCUUCUUCCAGACCGACCUGGGUGGCCUCCUCCCUCGCUCCGUGGUCGACUCGUUCUUCCCCUCCAGCAUGUCAGAGUUCUACAGCAACCUGGCCAAGGCUGUGAAAUCCCUCAAGGACCUUUGACAUGAAGCGUUCAGAGAUCUACCUUCAAACUUGAGGCCUCCCGACUGGUCAGGCCAAAUGUCCAUUCCAGUUUAAACCUUCCAAACUCUACAGCAGUCAGAACACUCAGACCACUGAAUCCAAUAGAUAUAACCCGCCCUUCAUGUAUAUUCCUCUUACUGCAGGAGCAAUCCUCUAAAUCUUCAACAGUCAAACCCUAUUUUAAAAGCAGUUUACACUGAAAAAUGGCAAAAUUGAUGAGGGCUUCCAUUUGAAAAAACACCCAUUACCAUUACCAUUACUAGCUGUGGGAUGAAUUUACUUUGUCCUACUUUACAGAAUGAAAAUAGUUUGUAAAAUUGUGCUAAAGGUGCAGUAAAAAUGCAUGUUGCAUGUACCUUAUUUACCCUAUGCGGGUAUCAGAUUGCAGUACUGCCUCAUACCUCAUAUAGUUGUUUGUGUACUUGAAUUGUUAUAGAUUUGUUCAUCUCCACUCACCUACUGUAGAAGCCGUCUGCCUUUUUAAUGAGCUCCACUGAAGCACAGGAAAGAUGGUGUAAGUGGCUGGAGGUUUUGAUUGGGAAUACUUCAUGUUAGAUGUGGCUCUACUAAGCAGAAAAGAGUUUCCCCUUUUUCAUGGCAUUGGUUUCUGUUGGCAUUUCCCUUUCUUUUUCACCACAUUUAGUCCUCAUGCACGUUUAGUUUCAUUGAGCCAGCUUCUCAAAACUCACGAUUCACAGAUGUUUUUCUGCUAAAGUCACACAUUUGAAGAUGCUGUGAGAUAAGACUGUUAACGUGAAAUACAAUGAUUAUUUUCAGUAGGCGAUACUGUAAAAGAAAGAGAUGGUUCACUUCAGCUAUGUUCUUAAGAUGAAAUAUUUCUAAUGCGGAAUUAUGAGCGACAAGGGUCAAGACUCUUUACAAAAGUUACCAUAUAAAGCUGGAGAGCUUUACUAGGGAUCGUGUAAAGGAGACAUUGGUAAAGUGUGAAAGACACUAAAAUGCACACACGGUUUAAGAAGAUAAGAGUUUUCAAAUAGUUUUAUACUUUUAAUUUAAGUGUGUCUGUAGGGAGUUCAAGUAAUGGUAACAUAGAGUGAAACAACUCUUCUAUUGUGAUUUUGUACUUUCAAAUGAAUCUCUCGUUCAAAGCACAUUCAAUCCCCACACUACUGUCCUUUAAACAAGAUUGGUUCUGGUAGCCAGCUUUGAAAUCCAUUCCGAGUUGGUAAAUACUAAUCUUUUCAUACAAUCACUUGAGAUCGUCACAUUUGCAUCUUUCUGCAACUAUGGGUGUCUGUUGUCAAGUCAAUGGAACAAGUAAGACAUGUGACUGAAUCGUGUACCAUUAACACAACAUGUUAAACAUGGUCACUGAAAUGAAACAAGGGCAAAAUUUAACUUUAUUCAAGACAGGGUUAAGUAAAGGAAUAGAUGUGGUCCUGAAGCCUUGAGGUACUGUAGCACCACCCAAGUUUAGUUACAGUAUGAUACUGACUCAAACAAAAGCAAGAACUCUAUUAUAUUUGAUGAAAUGCUAUCACACACCAUCAGCACCUAUAGUACGACCACUGUUUUCUUCAGGCUGCUACAGCAAAAGCCUGAAUUAUUAAACCACCUUUGUGAGAGAAAAAACAGGUUUAAUCAGUUAACAGGACACAGUACAACACUCUUCUUGAGUCCGAUGAGGACAUGAAACCAAACUGACGGAAACAUAAAAA